AUGUAUAUAUCUCGUUCUAUUUUUUGUGACUCCAACUCUUACUCUAUGUGUGUGUUUAUGUGUGUGUUAUGCAAAAUUAUCUUUCUGUCGGAGAUAACAAACUUAGAAGGGGUGACUACCCAACAGCAAGCCUCCCUGUCAGUGAAAGGCACAAAUGUGUGGACACUAUCACUAGAAGCAGAGCGACGACUCCCAAAUGAGCGAGGGACACAAGACCUAAUCACAUUUUCACCGUCUUCAGCUGUUAAAUCCCAGGUAUCAUACCUCACUUUCUGUCGACAUGAAAGACUUGAACAAUCUUGCAGAUCUUGCGAAAAAGCUUCAGGAGCUCCAGCAGCACCACCAAACAAGAAAAGGUGUAGAUCUUUAUCCGGCCCACCUGAAUGUCUAACGGCCGUACCUGCAUCAGUUGGGGAAUACAGUAGGAAAGUAUGGAAACCUGUAGCCGUGAUACCACCACACAGUAGUAAAAAUAUUACAACGAGUUUCAAGCUAUUACCAGUGAUUUCUUCCCAUUGCAGCAAUGGCUGUGGUUGUUAUACUAAUGCUAUCCAAGCAUCUUCGCAAAUAUGUUACUCCAGCUCAAUCCAAACUUCGUCUAGUGGUUGUUAUACUAACUCUACCAACACAUCAUCUGGUUCUCCCAAACCACGACCUGCCUCUGUAGCCAGCGACACGUCAUUCAGCUCCAUUUAUCAAGACAGUCCCAGGGAGAGUCGUGUCCGAAUUCUGGAAAACCGUAGUCUUUCAUGUGAAGAUCAGAUAUCUGGAGCUCCCUCCAUCAGUUCUGCAUCAUCUGAUGUCAGAGACAAGAGCAGUGAUUGUGACAACAGUCUUCUUCCCAGAUGUCACUCCCAGCCUUGCAUUCUUCAUCACCGACGAUGCAGGAAGAAGCGACGCCGUAACUUCCAAAGACCUGCUUUAAACUUCCAUAAAAUGACAGAGGUACUGAUAUGCACUCAUGAUAACAUAGAAAGGAAGAGAAGGUUAAAGGAAGAAGACUAA